AUGUCCGCCUGUAAACACCUGCUCCACCUCGUGAAGCACGGGGGGAUCCGGGGCUGUGUGCGGAGACAUGUCACCACAUGGUCACCUGUCGGAGCUGCCUUCAAUGCCAAACCCCACAGGAGACUGGACCUGUUUGAGAAGAGCGUGGGUUUGUUUGGUGUGCCGGAGCUCAGCUCUCCUGCAGGCUUCCAGGGGGCCACCCAAAAAGCCCUGAGAGACACCCAGCGCCUGGUGGACACAGCCUGCAGCUGCUCCCCAGGGGUUCAGACUGUGGAGGCCUUUGAUCAGCUCUCUGAUGGUCUGUGCAAAGUGGCUGAUCUGGCAGACUUCGUUAAAGUAGCACAUCCUGAUCCAGCGUACCGGGAGGCUGCGGAGAAGACAUGCGUUGAGAUCGGCACAGUUGUGGAGAAACUGAAUACUAACGUUGAGUUGUGCAAGAGCCUAAAGAAUCUGCUGGACAACCCAGACAUUGUGGCUCAACUGGACCCUGACACAAAGCGGGUGGCAGAGUUGUUCAUGUUCGACUUUGAGAUCAGCGGAAUUCAUCUUGAUGAAAAACUGAGGAAAGAGGCAGUCGCCCUCCACGUGAAGCUCUUGGAUCUAAACAACGAGUUUCUGGUUGGUUCUCACAUGCCAAACCGCAUCGCAAGGUCUGUCAUUCCUGAGCAUCUCCACUUGCACUUUGCACAAGAGGGAAGCUUCAUCCAGGUCGGGGGAUUACACGCAGACUCCCCUGAUGACUUGGUGCGGGAGAUCGCCUACAGGAUUUACCUCUAUCCAAAUGCAGAUCUGAUGGAGUGUCUGGAGGAGCUGCUGAAAUGCAGAAACAAACUGGCCAAACUGGUGGGCUACGAGUCAUAUGCACACAGGGCUUUAAAGGGAACAAUGGCCAAAACCCCAGAGACGGUGAUGAACUUCCUCCAGCUGUUGACAGACAAGCUGUCACGCAGAACAGCCAAAGACUUUGACAUGAUGAGGGACAUGAAGAAAAAACUCAAUCCUCGUUACUCUGAGCUCAUGCCAUGGGAUCAUCCGUUCUUCAGCGGGGUGUUACGUGCUGAAAGGUACAACAUAGAGCCCAGUCUGUACAGUCCCUACUUCUCCCUGGGUGCCUGUAUGGAGGGCCUGAAUAACCUCUUCUCUCAGCUCUAUGGCGUCUCCCUCAUGUCCGAACACCCGAGUGCAGGAGAGGUCUGGAGUGAUGACGUCCGCAAACUGGCUGUCGUACAUGAGACAGAGGGGUUGCUGGGAUACAUCUACUGUGACUUCUUCCAUCGGGCAGAUAAACCUCACCAGGACUGUCACUUCACCAUCCGCGGUGGCCGCUGGUGCCAGGAGACGGGCCAGUACCAGCUGCCGGUUGUGGUGCUGAUGCUGAGCCUGCCGCACCCCACCAAGAGCGCUCCCACCCUGCUGACCCCGGGCAUGAUGGAGAACCUCUUCCACGAGAUGGGCCACGCCAUGCAUUCCAUGCUGGGACGCACACGCUACCAGCAUGUCACAGGAACCAGAUGUGCAACCGACUUCGCUGAAGUCCCCUCCAUCCUCAUGGAGUACUUUGCCACAGACUAUCGAGUUGUCAGCCAGUUUGCACGCCAUUAUCAAACUGGACAGCCUCUUCCAGAGAGCAUGGUUGCUCGUCUCUGUGAGUCUAAAAAGGUGUGCGGUGCUGCAGACACACAGCUGCAGAUCUUUUACGCCGUCUUGGACCAGAUCUACCACGGCAAACCUCAAAACCGCUCCACCACUGACAUCCUGAAGGAGAUGCAGCAGAAUUUCUAUGGUUUGCCUUAUAUACCCAAUACGGCGUGGCAGCUGAGAUUCAGCCACUUGAUUGGCUAUGGAGCCAAGUACUACUCCUACCUCAUGUCCCGGGCCGUAGCCUCCAUGGUGUGGAGGCAGUGCUUUGUUCAGGAUCCCCUUAACAGGGACAUGGGUGAACGCUACCGUCGGGAGAUGCUGGCCCAUGGAGGAGCAAAGGAGCCCAUGUUGAUGGUGGAAGGGAUGCUGCAGAGACGACCCACCAUUGAAGAUUUUGUGGAUGCCCUGGUGUCUGAGCUCAACCCAAACUUUGAAACCUUCCUCAUGGACUCUGAAAGCUGAGUUGUUGUUUUUUUUUUUUUUCUGUCGGCAUGGAAACGGACUUCAACCUUCACAAUGGAAAAGGAGAGCACUUUAGAUAUCCACAGAGCGGUAGGGCUAAACACGCCAGCAAGGUACACACUCGUCCUCAUGCAGGUUUUUUUUUUCCUUUGAACAAAUUCUUGCCAUCUCUUUUAUAUUUGUGUUAGCCUGUCUUGAAGUCAGUCUUGGGGAUUUUUACAUCUGUGGUUGUCUCUGCUUUGACUAACCUGAAUUAUGUUAAGAACUGCUCAGUUUGUAAUGCUAACCAGCAUUAUCAGUGUUAGCAUUCUGUUUUUGUGGACCCUACAAGCUCCUGGAUGGCCGACAUAAUGUGUGCCUGCAUAAAUAUAUGUUUUAGCCUGUGGAGAGUCCCGUCCCCUCCACAGCUCUGUACCAUUGCUCUGGUAUCCGUUGUGUCAUCACUAAGGUUAAUUAUUACAAAUAAUAACAGUAUGUUAAAAAUUUUAUUUCAUAAGUGCGACAAUGUCAGAUGUUUAAAGUCCAGAAUGGUUAUGUUUCUGUACAUACUUUUAUUUACUUUUUGUCAGUGCUCACCAUGACAGUAGAAAAGAUGAAACAUAUUAUUGUGAAAUGUAAAAAAAAAAAAAAUGUGUCACUGUAAAUUCCACAAAUAGAUUAGUUUUUUGUUUGUUUGUUUGUUUUACUGCA